AUGUCUCAUAGAUCAUCAGCAUUACCUUCUUCUAAAAAAACUCACCUGGAAAGACAUAAACAAAUAUUAAAACAAUUACUUAAAGAAGAACCCAAUAGAUCUUGUGCAGAUUGUAAGUUGAAUAAAAAUCCAAGAUGGGCAUCAUGGAAUUUAGGUUGUUUUAUUUGUAUUAGAUGUUCAGGAAUUCAUAGAUCAAUGGGUACUCAUAUAUCAAAAGUUAAAUCAGUUGAUUUAGAUGCGUGGACAGAUGAUCAAAUUGAUAAUAUGUUAAAAUGGGGUAAUGAAAAAAGUAAUGAACAUUGGGAAUCCAAAUUACCAGAUGAUUAUACUCCUGAUCAAUCUAAAAUAGAAAAUUUUAUUCGUACUAAAUAUGAUUUAAAGAAAUGGUGUUCUUCUCACACGAUACCAAAUCCAAAUGAUAUAAAAAUCAAUACAUCACUGAAGAAAACUCCUACAAAUUCAAAUACUCAACCAAAACAAGCAACUUCAUCAAAAUCUGCUUCAGUACCUUCUUCAAAUAAUUUAUUAGAUGAUGAAUUUGGAUUAUUUACAUCUACAACCACAAAUCCAACCUCAAAUAAAUCUCAAAUAAACUCAACAUCAUCUCAUCGUUCAUCAUUACCGAAUAGAUCGACUCCACAGCCUCAAGCUCCUCAACAAAUUCAAUCUGCUCAAUCUACUGGAGGAUCAAUUUCAAGUAAUACUAGACCCGACUUAAAAAAGUCUAUACUUUCAUUAUAUGCAUCACCUUCCUCAUCAAGUAGUUUCAUUCAACAACAAAAUAAAUCAAAUAGUCCUCAUAUAAAUUCAUUAUCUGAUUCAUUAAAUGGUUUAAAUUUUCAACAAUCAAAUUCAACUUCAAACUUAUAUUCAUCAAAACCUAUUUCUCAACCACAAUAUUCAAAUUCUACUGGUUCAUUAGGGGUUGCUAUCAACAAUCAAAAAAAUUGGACAAAUGAAUGGAAUGAUUCUUCAACAUCAUCUGUUAAUACUAAAUCUUCAGUGAAUGUUACUUUAGAUGAUGAUUUAUUCAAAAAUGUAUGGAAUUAA